AUGAAUAAAGACUUAACAAAAGAAUUUCAAGAUUUCGUCAAUAGUUUUCAAAAAUCAAACAGAAAAGGAGUUAUGACAUCUGCUAGAAUCUCUGAAUUCAAUAAGAAAUUUAAUACUUAUUUUCAAAUUUAUAUGCCCAAACAUAGACAUUUUCAACCAAAGAAAGUAUCCGAAGAAUUAGAUUGGGUAUUUUAUUUACACAAAGAACAUUUCUGUUUAAUAAGAAAAAAUAACAAAACCUUAGGCAUUAAAGAAAUAGAAGAUAAUUACCAUGAAAAUGUAUGGAGAACCUGUGGGGAUGAUGAUGCACUAACAUGUUUUGCUCAGUUAAAACUAAACGUGAUUUCACAACCUCAUGAUGAUACUUUAUACGCAUGGGAUUGCGAAACCUAUAGCGAAAACAAAGCCUUUCCUUAUUGUUGUACUUUAGUCAAUUUGGAAAAACUAAGAAAAAAACUAGAACUAAUUAAAAGAGUAUUCCAAGAUUUAAAGCCGACUGAUCCCAUUCCAGAAGAAUUUUACAACAAACUCAUGACUAAUAUAGUAGAAAUAUUUGUAGGAACAGAUUGUUUCGAUCAGAUGAUGCGUCGUUUAGGUACUGUAGAUGAAAAAAGAUUAACCUUAAUUUCCCAUAACGGGAGUGGUUUUGACAACUGGAUUGCACUUCAAAGCAUUAAUAAACUAACACAAUAUCCACUAGGUUGGUAUUAUUUAUAUCAUUACGAUAAAGAAAUGGUUGAGGAAGAAUGGUACGAAAGUACUAGAAUGGUAACGAAACACACCGAAAAAGAAAACGUAGAAAAAGUUUACUCGCAUACUCACCCUUUUAUAAGAUAUUUUAUCAGACAAAGUAUUAAAGGAGGAAGAGUUUCUGCUAACAGAAAAUCAUUUGAAACGAACGAAAUUUGCGCCAUUUUAAAGGAGUAUUUAGAACUCGAGAGUAAUAACAUGAUAGAUUUUUUUAAAGAAUACAGCGCUAGCACGAAAGAUAAAACGGAAGUUCAUUCGAGACUUAAAAAAAUAAAAUGUACUAAACUGAUGGCAUUUGACGCUAACGGUUUGUACGCUUCCGCUAUGACAGAAGGUGAAUAUCCAAAAGCUGUAAGUGCAAGAGCGUUUCUACCAGAAGAAAAUAAAGAAUUUGUUAAGCUCUUUAAUGAACAGAAAUUCAGACCUAGAACUGCUAUUUUAAAAGUUUGGUUUGAAUAUCCUACCAACAUGUUCUUUCAACCCAUACCAGCUAAAGAUAAAAUCACUUUUAUGAACAAAGAAGGUAAAAAGGAAACUGGCACUAAAAUCAGGUUUAGAAAUGGUUUCUGUUCAGAUGUUUUAACAUCGGUUGAUAUUCAAGAAAUAGUGAAAGCCGGUGGACGAAUUAUUAAAAUAUUAGAUGGUAUAGUUUACCAAGAAAAUUUUAAAACUCAACUCUAUAGAGAUAAUAUUUUAAUUUUGAAGGAAUUAAGGAAUAAAUAUAAAAAGGAAGGAGAUUUGGUUGCCAGUAACUGCAUGAAGUUGUUAGGUAAUUCCUUAUAUGGUAAAUCUAUUCAGAGGGAUAGAAAUACCUCAUUGCAUUUAUGGAAUGAAGAAACCUUCCGCCUUAAUUACGACAAACACGUCAAGAAGUAUGACAAACUAAAUGAGACUCAAUACAUUGUGGAGAUUAAUGACGAAGAAAAAGAGUUUGUUCCUCCUAAAGAUUUUACGAGAUUAACACCCACUCAUUUAGGUACAUUUAUAUUAUCUCACAGUAAAAAAAUAAUGAACAAUUUUAUUCACGUAAUAGAUGGUUUUUAUAAACCAGAAAUAUACUAUACGGAUACCGAUAGUUUAUACAUUUCGUCUAGCACUUGGGAUAAAUUAAAUGAAGCUGAGUUGGUGUCCGAAAAUGAAUAUUGCAAAGGAAAGAAUGAUUACGGUGAUGGUGGAAUCAUAUUUGGUUUAUAUUUAGCGCCAAAAGUUAAAUACAAUAUCAUUCUAACUUCCGACGGUAUUCUAAAAGAAAAGAAAACGUUUAAGGGUUACUCUAACUAUAAGAUUAAGGUAGACGUAACGAAUGAAUUUGAUAAACCAUGGGGGAAGAGUUUUACUGAUGGAAUAGUUAUUCCUAAUGAAAAACUAAAAACUAAAAAAUUUAAUAGUUAUUUGAAUCUCAUAAAGAGAAAAGGAAUUAAGUGGUAA